GGCUGAAGUGGCUGAUGAUUGAAUGGUCCAAGCGCAAACUUCUGACUGAACGAACGCAUUUUCACAGACUGACUGACGCAAACUCAAGCGUGGAUAAGUGCACGAAUCAGCGCACGGGUACCACGGACUUCGGUGUUGCGUUCAUGGAACUGUGGUGGGUCUGCAUUUAGGGACAGGAGGUAUCUUACCACGAGCCCACGAACUCUCUUGAUGAAGCCGGGUUGGGGUGUUCGGGCAACGAAUCGUUCGUGCGGACCAAAUUCCACGUAUCUUCUCAGACACUGCGGAUGAAUCUGGUGCUACAGAUGACGGCGAUAAUCUCGUAUGUAAUAGAGUAGAAGUGGUUGCUGUCGCUUCACUUUCUUGGGUCAUGGAUGGUUCUCGGGUGGUCUGGGCCGACAAAAACCUCGAACCGACCCCAUCGUUCGCCACGAAGACGACGACGACGACAACGAUAAUGGUGAUGAAGGGGGAAUAGCGGUUGAUUUGGGUUCAUCCUUCGUCAGGAAAUCCCGCAAGUGGUUCAAUACUUGAGGACAAGGAGGUGACUUAUUUACUUCUGUAUUCGACUAUCACAAGAAACAGGUGCAUUUCAUCGGUUUGGGAUUUCCCCCCAUUCUUUGAAGCUCGAUAUCCAGGAAUCUUUUCCAUUGGACAAUUACAAUCAUGAGAUUUUUCAUCGUUCUUGGUGCCUUGGCUUUGGCUGGAGCUUCGGCUCAGAGGAACAACAAUGUAGAGAGUUUGUCAACUUAUGGUGUACCGGAAAAUCCGGUCAUUUCUGAACCCCCACAAGACGUACCGGAACCCCCUCGUCCACCUCGCACAACUACCCGUGCUCCGAUUGAACAAGCUGAUGACAGUUUGGCUGAAGGCCAGGAGCAAGGUCACCACCAUCAUGACUCGGACGACCCUUUGGCUUGGCUUCGAGACUCUGUGCCAGGGGAGCCGGAGGUAGAUUAUCCCAUUUUCAAUGUUGCACCCGAGACUUCAUUCGAAUGUGCUGAUCGUCCGGUUGGAAUAUAUGCCGAUGUUGAGGCUCGUUGUCAGGUCUGGCAUCAGUGCUUUGGGGAAAACAAGUGGAGCUUUUUGUGCCCCAAUGGCACCAUUUUCAACCAAGAGAUUUUCACUUGCGUUUGGUGGUUCAAUUUUGAUUGCCAAACGGCGCCGGACUUUUAUGGCGGAAAUGAGAAGCUCUACUCUGAAGACUCGCUUUCAAGUGGGCAACAAUCUCCAAGAAAACCAAUUGCUGUCAAACCUGCCCAACCAACUCUACCCGUUCAACCCAUUCCCGUCCCGCAGCCCGCCAUCCGUCGUCCCCAACCAGUCCAACCCGCUCCUGCACCAAUCCGACCCGCACCUGCACCAGUCCGAACCGCUCCUGCACCAGUCCGACCCGCACCUGCACCUGUCCGACCCGCACCAGUCCGAACUGCACCUCAAUCCACUCCCCGACCCGUAACUCAAACCACUCCCCGACCCGUAACUCAAACCACUCCCCGACCCGUAACUCAAACCACUCCCCGACCCGAAACUCAAACACCAGUCCAACCCGUAACUCGACCCACUCCCCGACCCGAACCAGUUGCACCAGUUCAACCUGCCACUCCUCGUCCUUCUCCUCCAGCAAAUAAUCGCCGACCCCGCCCUCAACCUACUCCCCGAGCUAAGCCUGUAGAUCCGGUCGUUGUACCCGAGCCAGUUCAGGCAUCAUAUAGACCAAAAACCACUUCCCGUCCCGCUCCUCGAACCACCACCCGCUUCACGCCCCCUAAAUCUCAACCAACAUCUCGACCAGUUCAACCCUCCCCUCAGCCAGAAAUUGUGCCAACCAGACGAGUGCCUCAAACACCCAGACCAGCCAGACCAGCCCGUCCCAGUCGACCUGCUCCUGAGACUAAAACCCCUGCUCCACAACAAGUAGGUGACAAUGGUUACGAAUACCCGGUUCCUGAGGAGCCUUUACAAUUGCCUACCCGACGACCUAUCACUACGCCCGCACCUACCACAACCACCACUGAAGCGAUAGAGGCUCCUCUUCCGUUGUAUCAAGCACCCAUUGGAGGCCGAACCUCAAUCACUCUUCCAGCUGAUAACCUCCCAUUGAGAAAUGGCAAGGCUGUCCAAGCUCGUCGUGGCCGCAGCAAAAAGCUUCGUCGCCGUCGUCGCCCUGGACAGAGACGGCUGAGGAAGGUAAUCUUGGCUAAUGAUUCAGAGAUCUUGAAACUCUCUGCUUUUGCCAACGAGGGCCCCCUCUAAAGAGAUUCCUGGUCAACCGAUCCACUUGGUCCGCAGGGCCUUCUACAAUCCAAAAUUAGGAGGUUUGUGACGGCCUGAUUUUCAAUUUUCAUUACAACCCUGUGAUGCAAGCACUUGCCCUAGUGCCAGGGACGCUCUGUCCUUUAAGCGGAAGUCACUUCUCGAAGCCAAGAAUAUGCAGUUAUAUUUAUCAAAUGAUGAUUACGACGACGACGACAUCCCCAACAACAGAAAAAAACAUUUUUAUCUUCAAUACUUUUCAUUUUUUGUAAUCUGAGUGUCUCCUUUUACCUUAUUCCCUUGUUAUUGUCAAGUGGCUCUUUGAUUGAUUUAGUUAGUGGUUUAAAAUAUGAGUGACUGAAUGUACAUGAACGACAUUAAAAAAGUACAAAACAUUA